AUGGGGCUGCUGUCUGGGGACACGCUGGGGCCCCUGGCCGUGGCCGUGCUCAUCUUCUUGCUCUUGCUGGACCUGAUGCACCGGCGCUCACGCUGGGCCCCACGCUACCCCCCAGGCCCCACGCCGCUGCCGGUGCUGGGCAACCUGCUGCAGGUGGACUUCGAGGACCCGCGUCCCAGCUUCAACCAGGUGAGGACGGAGGGGUGGGGAGUGAGCAGCGGCGGUCCUAGGGCCCCACCUAGCAGCGGACAGUGGGCGCUGGGUGAAUCCACUGGCCGGAAGAGGACUGGGCCAAGAAGAGCAGGGGGAUUCGAGAGCCCUCCUGAGGGAGAGCGACGGGUCCAGCAGGAAAUCAAUGAGGUGAUAGGGAAGGUGAGGCGACCAGAGAUGGGUGAUCAGGCCCUCAUGCCCUUCACCAUGGCCGUGGUCCAUGAGGUGCUACGCUUUGCAGACAUCGCUCUCCUGGGAGUGCCCCACAUGACAUCCCGUGACAUCGAGGUGCAGGGCUUCCACGUCCCAAAGGGGACGACACUCAUCACCAACCUGUCGUCAGUGCUGAAGGACGAGACCGUCUGGGAGAAGCCCUUCCGCUUCCACCCGGAGCACUUCCUGGAUGCCCAGGGCCGCUUCGUCAAGCAGGAGGCCUUCAUACCCUUCUCCGCAGGCCACCGCGCAUGCCUCGGGGAGCCCCUGGCCUGCAUGGAGCUCUUCCUCUUCUUCACCAGCCUCCUGCAGCACUUCAGCUUCUCGGUGCCUGCCGGGCAGCCCCGCCCCAGCGACCACGGUGUCUUUGCCUUCCUGGUGACCCCAGCCCCAUACCAGCUCUGUGCGGUGCCCCGCUAG